AUCGGCGCGCGCUCCUGCAGCGGCCGGCUCACCAUGAAGAAGCACUCGGCCCGGGUGGCCCCGCUCAGUGCCUGCAACAGUCCGGUCCUGACCCUCACCAAAGUGGAAGGGGAGGAGCGCCCCCGGGACCCCCCGGGCCCGGCAGAGGCCCAGGCGCCGGCAGGGGCAGAGGCCGGCGGCUGCCGACCGUGCUCCGGGGCACAGCUCGGGAAGGCCUUGUGGGGCGUGGCGGUGGUGCUGUGCGUGUGUGCCUCCUGGGCCGGCAGCACACAGCUCGCCAAACUGACCUUCAGGACGUUCGACGCGCCCUUCACCCUGACGUGGUUUGCCACCAACUGGAAUUUCCUGUUCUUCCCGCUGUACUAUGCGGGGCACGCCUGCCAGUCCGCAGAGAAGCAGUCUGUGAAGCAGAGGUACAGGGAAUGCUGUCGAUUUUUUGGAGACAAUGGCUUGACUUUGAAGGUGUUUUUUACCAAGGCAGCACCCUUUGGUGUUCUUUGGACACUCACAAACUACCUGUACUUACAUGCAAUAAAGAAAGUAAACACUACGGAUGUCUCCGUGUUGUUCUGCUGCAACAAAGCUUUUGUGUUCUUGCUCUCAUGGAUCGUUCUCAGGGACAGGUUCAUGGGAGUGAGGAUCGUGGCAGCCAUCCUGGCCAUCGCCGGCAUCGUGAUGAUGACCUACGCCGACGGCUUCCACAGCCCCUCGGUCAUCGGCUUGGUGGUGGGCUCCGCGUCCAUGUCCGCCCUCUACAAGGUCUUGUUCAAGCUCCUCCUGGGCAGCGCGAAGUUCGGAGAAGCCGCCCUGUUCCUGUCCAUCCUGGGCGUGUUUAACGUCCUCUUCAUCAGCUGCAUCCCCGUCACCCUCUACUUCACCAAGGUGGAGUACUGGAGCCCUUUCGACAACAUUCCGUGGGGAAACCUUUGUGGAUUUUCUGUCCUCUUACUGACAUUCAACGUCGUGCUGAACUUCGGAAUCGCGGUGACAUAUCCCACGCUGAUGUCUCUUGGGAUCGUCCUCAGUGUACCUGUGAAUGCAGUGGUGGAUCACUACACCAGUGAGAUAGUCUUCAAUGGGGUCCGGGUCAUUGCCAUCAUCAUCAUCGGCCUGGGCUUCCUGCUGCUGCUCCUGCCGGAGGAGUGGGACGUCUGGCUGAUCCAGCUGCUCACCCGCCUCAAAGUGCGGAAGAAGGAGGAGGCCGCAGAGGGCGGCGCUGACUCUGGCCUGGGGCCCCAGAGCAGGCCCCACAGGGCCCGCCCUUCCUUCGCUCGCUGAAGCCUCCUCCGGGCCCUGGGGAGCCCUCGUGGGACUGAUGGGGAGGUCCGUUCCUGGCCCGAGGGAGGAGCCUGGCCGGGUGAGGUGUACAUACUGUACAGUUCCGGUUCUCCGCGGUAAGCUCUAGGUAUUUCCUGGCAUGUCCAAUGUGCUUGCACUCUUCCACGUCAGACCUUCCACGGGCCGAUCGCAAGGGCGAGCCUCGCGGCGCUUUCCGGUGAGUGUAGCAGGCUAGGCCCUGGCUGGGUCUGGCUGACGGGAGCCUUGACAAGCCAAGGCCGUUUCGAAUGCUACGACAGAGAGCGACAUUGCACACUGUGAUUAUUUCAGCCGUGGUAGGUCCCACUUUGUUUUGCACCAGAGCUGUUCUGCUUUGGAGGAACUUCACUGAACCAGAUGAUAGCUCUCAGCGGUUUGGGUGGAUGGAUGGGUGGACCAGGUGAAGCAGAAGGGGCAGUGGACACCAGAGACCACCCAAGGACAGCCUGGGCCAGGAAACAGGACGGGCGGACAAGCCCGCCCGCUGACCCCUCCGAAAGACGGUGGGGGGGUCACAGUGCCUUCCACAGUCCUUGUCUCACCUCUGUGAAGCAAGGUGACAUUAGAGGCCGCUGGCGCUGUCUUAUCAUUUAAAUGUAGAAACCUUCAGAAACAAAUUAAACUCUAGCGUACGCGUGUCCAGCUGAGGAGCUGCGCCCGGUCUGCGACAUCGAGCCCGGGCGGUGGCCGUGGCCACGACCCUCGCCGCCAGGACUGAGACAUCACUUACGGAAUCUGUAUACCUUUUUACGAAACUUUUAAGCACCCGGCUGUUUACUUACACAACUUAGGUCUGCCAGAAAAUUCUAUCUGUGAUAGACCCCUAAGGAGGGCCAGGGUGGGGUUAGAGUUUACUAUUUUUGAAGUUUACAUUGUCCCAUAUGAAACGUUGUCAUAGCCCAAGGGGCAUUCUGUGACCAUGGAGUCUUUUGUUUCCGGGGAAAGGGGCAUUCACGGCCUGAACUUUUUAGCAAAUUACUAUUCUUGGUUUCCAUUACCUGUUUGGCCAAACAGAUUAAUAAAAUAUUUGAAAAAGCAG